AUAAAAAUAUAAAUUGAUAUAAAUCGAGUUUAUUAUACAUUUAUCAAAUAGUGAAGUUGGAUUAAGGUAAUUUUAAACUCCGAUUCACUUAUCAUUCUUAUUAUUUCGUUGACAUAAAUAAAAUUAUUAAUUUUUUAUUGUUAACAUAUAGGAAAAAGAUUAGCGACAACUAAUUAUGUAUUGAGAAAUUUUAUUUAAAAUUUUAGACAAUUCUGUUGGUUGAAUUAAUUGUAGAUUAAAUUAACCAGCACAUAUCAAUCUGCGUAAAAUAAUCUGAUCAAUAAUUUAAAACACGAAAAAGGCAAUAUUUUCUGGACGACAAUAACGCAUCUUAAUGUCAAAAUUUACAAUUUCAGAUUUUGUGUUGCAAUUUAUUUUUUUGUAGAGUACACAAACGAAAAAUAAAAAUAUUUUAUUAUACAUACAUAUAAUUCAAAUACAAGCUUCGACGUUUAAUUGUGUAUAGAUAUAUGAACUGCCUUACUGCUGAGCGAACAUUUCUGUUAAAUCGCGGCGGCAGUCACAUAAACCAAUCCAUAGCAACAUUCGACACGAAACUCUUGUAAAUUAAAAAAAAAAAGAUCAAUCAGUUUUUGAAUGGCAUGUAUCCCCUCGUGUUACGCGAACCUUCAUAGACAUUUGCCAUUUUUUCGUAGUAAUUUAUUUAGCUCAUGUCGCGCAGUCCUUCGUGUCGCUUCCCUGCCACGCUUAUCGACCACUAUUUGCAUGAAAAAUUAUACGGUAUUGCCAGAGGAAAAAAGAAUAUAAAAAAAACAUAAUACUCCUACGCAACGCGAGUCAUGGGCGGGAGACAUAUGGACGAGUAUCGUGUGUCACCGCGGCGAUUGACGUUUUGCGAAGUAUAAUUUCUGCGACAUCUUUUUUUACCUCUCUCUAACAAUGAUGAAUAGAAAAUGAUGGGGCGCGGCAUGCGUAUUGCGUUUCCCGACAACCUGUGAUUAUCGCAGGCAACGUUAGCAUAGACGUAGCACGUUAUUAGGGGAUACGCACAGUAUAGUAUCGGGAUAUGGGUAUCGUCCGGAAAAUAUCAGCUGGAUCUUGAGGGAGACAUCCAUGACGCAAAACCGAGUCGGGAAGAUGCAAUUGACUGUGAAGCACUACUACAAUGUUAACAAGAUCCUCAUGUCGAAAAUGGGCACUUGGCCGACGCAAAGUACAUUCAAGAAGAUAGCGUUGCCGACCUUAACAACAACUGUAAUUUUCAGCAUCGGUUUUCUUGAGUUUGUACGAAUGACGGAAAUAUGGCAUAAGCUGAUGGAGGACUGCGAAUGCUUCAUCAUAGUGCUGCUUUCAAUCGGCGGUUACAUUAAAAUAUUUCUUGUGGUCCUCAAAAAUAAAAACAUAGAAUACCUAUUGUCGCUCAUCAAUUAUCAUUGGCGCAUCUUCACGCAUUCCUUGGAGGUAAAAGCUAUGGAGGAGUACGCUAUCUUAGGAAGAAAAAUGACGAUAAUUUACGCCGUUAUGAUUUAUUCGUUAAUGAGUAUUUUCAUGCUGAUGCCGCUAAUGCCGCAAUUAUUGGAUCUCCUCAUGCCUCUCAAUACAUCGCGCCCUCGCAUAUAUCUAUUCGAUAUCGACUACAGCUUCGACAGGGACGAGUAUUUCUAUCCUGUAUUAUUCCACUCGUACACGUUAACUGUAUUGUCUAUGACAGCCAUGGUAAUAGUCGAUACAAGCUAUCUGAUGUUCACGCUGCACGCGUGCGGUCUGUUUGCCUCUAUCGGGCAUCGGCUAGAAAAUCUGACCUCGAUGACAAGUGUAAAGAAAAACAAUUUUAAGGACGUAAUUUGUAAUAAGCGCAAAGAUUACGAUGACGAGAUCUAUCGCGAACUGGUGCUUCUCUUACGGAAACAUCAACUGAGCCUUACAUAUGUCGAUUUGUUGGAGUCUUUCUAUGCACUAUAUUCAUUUUCGAUGAUCUUCCUGCAUUUCAUCAUUAUGACUCUCCUCGGAAUGCAAAUAAUGUCUUUGAAGGAUCAAAAGCAAGAGAUGAUCAAAUUCGUAUCGAUGGGACUAGGUGGUUUCGUGCAUCUUUUCGUUUUGAGUUACCCCGCCCAAGAGAUAAUGGACCAUAGCGCAGAUAUAUUUCACAAAGCAUAUAACAUGCUGUGGUACAAAAUGUCGCGAAGAACGGUACGGUUGCUGAGCAUAUUGCUUUACAGGGCUUUUGUGCCUUGUACAUUAACGGCCGGCAAAAUAUACGUGCUGUCGAUAGAGAAUUAUGUUAAGGUAAGAAAUCUUUCCAAUUCGUGCAGUAUCUAUAAGUAUUAUGGAAGUACGUAGCCAAUUUGAAUUUUAAGGUGAUGAAAGUAACUUUUUCUUAUUUCACCGCCCUUUCGUCGCUCCAGUGAUUUGUGGUUAAAGGAAAAGGAAAGCAAUGUUAUGUUGGAUUAUCGAACGAUAAAAUUAGUGAGUUGAGUGAUUUUUCACGGUAAAAAGUAACUCUAUAUCGUACAGCAAUGAUAAAUGAAAUUUAAAAAAAAUUGACGAGUUGCAUAUGAAAGUGAAGACGUAUUUUGAAAUCUGUUAUAGAUUUA